AUGAUGGAAAGAAUAAGAAAAGAGAUGAUCCUGAUGGAGAGAGGGCUGCACAGCCCUACAGCUGGCAAAAGGCUCUCGAAUUUGUCAGACUCAGCUGGAAAUGCAGUGCUGGAGGCCCUUGAAAAUUCUCCGCACAGUGGUCGCCUCAGCCCGAGACUGACUGCCGCCUCCCUGCACAGCGCUAUAGGGGACAUCUCCGCCAAAGGCAAAUUUGAAAUAGACACUUUAUUCAAUCUUCAGCAUCCGAGCAGUGAAAGCACUGUCUCCUCCGAAAUCCCGCCGUCAGAAAGCAGGAAGAAAAUCAGCCUUUAUUCCGAAGUUGCUCAAGAGGCAGAUAUGAACAGUGAUGUGGAGGUGGGCUGCUCCGCGCUACGCUCCCCAGCCAGCCUGACUUCCUCCCAGCUGAAGGAAAACAGUAACAAAGGCUACGCGGAGAGCAGCCCGGCGCCCAGCACCCCCGCCGCCGCCGCCCCCGCCGCCGGCAUCGGCAGCCUGCACGGCGGGGGAGCUCUGGGCGGCUCGGCGGCAGGGGCCGACCAGGUGCGGCGGUACCGGACCGCCUUCACCCGCGAGCAGAUCGCCCGCCUGGAGAAGGAGUUCUACCGCGAGAACUACGUGUCGCGGCCGCGGCGCUGCGAGCUGGCCGCCGCUCUCAACCUGCCCGAGACCACCAUCAAGGUGUGGUUCCAGAACCGGCGGAUGAAGGACAAGAGGCAGCGUCUGGCCAUGUCCUGGCCCCACCCGGCCGACCCCAGCUUCUACACCUACAUGAUGACCCACGCGGCGGCUACGGGCAGCCUGCCUUACCCCUUCCAUUCCCACGUCCCACUCCACUACUACCCCCACGUCGGGGUCACCGCCGCUGCCGCUGCCGCCGCCGCUUCGGGCGCCGCCGCCUCUCCCUUCGCCACCUCGAUACGCCCGCUGGACACCUUCCGCGCGUUGUCGCACCCCUAUUCCCGCCCGGAGCUGCUCUGCAGCUUCCGACACCCGGGCCUCUACCAGGCACCAGCAGCCGCCGGCCUCAACAGCAGCGCAGCCGCCUCUGCGGCAGCGGCGGCGGCGGCAGCGGCAGCGGCGGCAGCGGGGUCGGGGCCGCCGGGGGGCUCGGCCCCCUGCUCCUGCCUCAGCUGCCACAGCAGCCAGACGGCGGCGGCGGCGGCGGCGGCCUCUGCGCUGGGGUCGCGGGGAGCCUCAGCAGCUGCCGAUUUCCCCUGCACGGCGGCGGGGCAGCGCUCCGAGAGUGGAUUCCUGCCCUACUCGGCAGCCGUGCUCAGCAAGGCCGCCGUCGCCUCGCCGGACCAGCGGGAGGAGGCGCCGCUCACCAGAUAA